AUGGUAUAAAAACUGCUCUGCAGAUGCUUACCAAUGGCAGCUCUGAGAAUUGAAGAGAUCCUCAGCUUCGGCUACUAUACUAAUAUCAUAUCGCCGUCGCUACUCGCUACUGGCUACUGCAGAACACCGACCUAAGCACAUCACACACACAUAUAUAUGGCUCAUCAUCACUCCAUAGCUCUGGCUACUCUUGGCCUCACUAAGCCCAAUCAGAUCCAACAUCUCCAGAUAGAUGCAAGAAAUGUUGAGAAGAUUCCCAGAGAUGGGAUGAUGGAGCUGAUAAAAUCGAUUGCUGCGGCAGCGGGGAAUGAAGAAAAUGGGGGACAGCCUUUCUACGUCAUGGACUUGGGGGCUCUUGAAAGGGUGAUGGAUAAAUGGAAGCAUUGUCUUCCACAGGUGAAGCCCUUUUAUGCAGUGAAAUGUAACAGCGAACCUGCUUUUCUUGCUGCCUUAGCCAGGAUGGGUGCCAAUUUCGACUGUGCUAGCCAAGGCGAGAUUCAAACAGUCUUGGCUCUGGGCGUUCGCCCUGACCGCAUCAUUUAUGCCAAUCCAUGCAAGGCCGCCGCGCAUAUCAGAUAUGCCGCCACGGUGGGCGUCAACCUUACCACCUUUGACUCCAUGGCGGAGCUUGAGAAAAUAAAGAAAUGGCAUCCGAAAUGCAAGCUGUUGCUGCGGAUCAAGGCGCCCAAUGACGGCGGCGGCUCUCUGCGCCCACUUGGGAAGAAGUUCGGAGUGUUGCCGGAGGAAGUGGAAGGGCUGCUUCGAUAUGCGGCCCUAGCCGGGCUCCACGUGGCAGGAGUGUCGUUCCACGUGGGGUCCAUAGCCCAAGACCCCACCAUCUACCUCUCCGCAAUCGCGGCAGCUAGGACGGUGUUCAAUAAGGCUGCUGAGCUGGAGAUGCCUCCUAUGCACGUGCUCAACAUCGGCGGCGGAUUCAGGGCCACGCAGCCGCUAUUCCAACGUAUCUCAGACACCAUCAAAGAAGCCAUCGAAGAUUACUUCCCUAAAGAAAUGGCGGUGACGGUGAUAGCGGAGCCGGGAAGGUACUUCGCGGAGACGCCGUUCACGCUUGCGGCGCACGUGAUCGGGAUCCGCGCCCGGGGGGAGAAGAGGGAGUACUGGAUAGACGAUGGAAUCUACGGGUCGUUUAGGCCAACGUUGUACAACUCAUCUUUCGUCACAAUAAAACCCGCAUUCUGCACUUCGGAGGAGUCCUCAGUGAUAUGGCCGUCCGUGAUUUAUGGGCCGUCCUGUGAUUCUCUGGACCAAGUGACGGCGGAGAUUAAGUUGCCAGAGCUACAGCUGCAUGAUUUGCUUGUGUUCAGCAACAUGGGAGCGUAUUCAAGUUCUGCAGGGACAAAGUUCAAUGGGUUUGAUAUGAUCUCCAUCCCUACCUAUAUCGCAUACACAUAUUAAUACCGGCGCGGUCCAUAUCCUACCUUUUAAUUAUUGGCUUGCUACUCUACCCUACCCUACCCUCAUAAUUUUAUAAUAAGUAUACUUUCUUUUGGGAAGAAAGUAUAAUGUAUCCACGACUAGGCCGGUUUUGCAACUUCUGCCUGGAUGGACGGGUUCAUAUAUGUUUGUUUGCAUGUAAUGCUUUAAUUUGGUUAUUUGUUGAUUUUA